UUUACAUUUCCGUAAUCUCUCUUAAUCUCUUCUUGUAUCAUCGAGUCAGUCUUCCUCUCUCUCUCUUUCUCUCUUUCUUUGUGGUCCUCCCGGGAAGAAGGAGACAGUAAUGGACUCUAGAGUAAAGAAAAACCCGACUCAAACGUUUGAAUGUUACGUUGAAUACAUCAGGCCUCAUGAUGAUAAAGCUCCAGAGAUCAAAAGAUUAUAUCCCAAAGAUCAUCAGUUUGAUGAGGAUCUAAAGAAAAACCUGGCAAAGUUUGUCUUCCCCACAAAAGACUCAAACACUAAUGCUGAAGAACACUUCACUUUUUGUCUAACGGAUCUUCAAGGCACCUUCCGUUUUGGUUUCUGUCGGUAUCCUCCUCGUGGCGACGUGUGCUCCUGCUUCAUAAGCGAUCUUCCCUGGUUCAAAGUUUUCUACAAAAUAUUGGACAAAAUCUCAGACUUUCACGCCGACUUCCAGACGGAGCUGAUUGAUCCAUUCCUGACCAGCCUCUACAAGCACCCGGUACCUUCCCUCAAUACCGAAACUGUUAUGACUUUAGUACCUGAAGGGAUAGACACUGGGCAGGUGUACACCUUUCCUUUACCUAAUACUAAAAGACUACCAGAGAUACCAACAGAUCAUAAUUUAACUCUUUUUUAUCCAACACUACAUCAUCAAGUUAUUCUGUGUUUAUACGCUAAUAUGUUAUUUGAAAGACGGAUCAUCAUCACUUCUAGUAGUUUAAAGACUCUCUCAGCAGCUGUACAUGGCUGUGUAUUACUACUCUAUCCUCUUUUUUGGCAACACAUUUUUAUUCCAAUUACUCCACACCAUCUCAUUGAUUACUGCACAGCCCCAAUGCCUUUCCUGAUGGGUAUCCACUCCUCCAUGAUGGAUCAAGUUCGUGCUAUGCCGAUCAACGACGCUGUCAUACUGGACAUUGAUCAAAGCGAACUUGAAUCACCGUAUUACGAGGAUCUGCUCAACAUUCCUCCGGACGUCUCCACACAAUUAAAGAACGUUUUAAAAAAGAGUUCUUCGGCUUACGGUGAUACUUGCACUAAAGCUUUCCUACAGGCUAACGUGGCACUACUGGGAGGAUAUCGACUGGCUCUGAAGAUGAGAGAAGGAGAAUCCACUGUCUCUUUUGAUAGAGAAGCUUUCAUAAAGUCCAGGCCCCACAUGGAAGAGUUCUUGUCUUUGCUACUCGAGUUCCAACACUUCCAGCAGUUCAUAAAUGGGAGGAUAGACAGACUCAACUCGAACAAGGAUAGGGACAUGUUUGACGAUGAGGUCAUCAUCUACGAGGAAGAGCUGAAGUCGGGGAAGUGGUCGUCGGAUCAGAUGAAGGUUGCUUUCAAGGACAUGAAGGAUUUGCUCCAUAAACACAGCACCAAGGUUGCUAAAAACACCCGAACUUUAAUGAAAGAUACCAAGAACCUGUUCCAAGGGAAAGGAAAUGAGAGGAUUAGCGAUAUGUAUCCCAGCUGGAGUCCUAACUUGUCAAAUAAAUCCUCCACACUACCAGCCACUGGGAGCAGUCAAGAUGGACGACACAAAUCCAAAGUCCCUCCGCCAGUGAUCCCUUACUCACAGCACAAGGUUGGUAUGGACAAACUGAAUCAGAUGCUCGACCUCCAAAGAAAGAGAAGUUCACUCACCGAAGCCCCGCCCCUUAUAAUAACCACGCCUAUCUCUGAUAAUAACCAGAGACUGAGUCUCGAUGAUAAUAGUGCUGAGUCGGUGAGUAUCAGCAGUAAGGACUCGCUGGAGGUAGCUACUGGUCAACUGGUCGAUCUAACGGACUCAGUCCAUACCAUCGAGCGCAUGCCUACCCCAGUACUGAUCAGACCGGUUCUAUCGGACGAGGGGGACACUGACUCCGCCUCCAUAGUCUCCUCGAGCUCCUCCUCCUCUUGGGGCGGAGUUGAUACUGUUACUAAAAAUGAGCACAUCUCAGAGUCCCCUCCGUCCCUAAUGCCCCCUGUCCCUCCUCCUAGAAAGAAGCACCUUAAGGGAGGGGAGAAGGGUAAAGGCGGGGACUUACACGAAAUAUUUGAACUGACCAAUCGGAACUCUCCGUCAUCUGAUUUCGGAUCUGCAGUUGCUGACGCGCUGAUCAAGAGUUCACGCAGAAUCAGUGAUCCGUUCACCGCCGGGUCAGUUUCAACGGCAGGGGAAGAGCUUCAGAGAGCACUGAGGGAUACGACUUUUACUGAAACAGGAUUAACUACUUCAAGUAUGGCCACGCCCACUUAUAAUUCCAUUACUAGUGACCAGCGUAUGCCAGUGAUUAAUGAAAUGGUAAGACCUCCUAACGACCCCUGGCAACCAAUUCUCACCCCUGGAGAGUACGACAGUAAUCCUUUUAAACCAGGCGGAGCACUUAUUGCCAAGGACAGCCCUCCCAUUGCUAGGGGAGCUCCACCUUUAAAGCCCCAACCUUAUUCCGGCUCAGGACUCAAGAACUUUGAGAGAAAGAGAGGUACGGCUUCACUUGAAAGCUCUUUAAUCGGUUCCUUAACUCCGGUAGACGUAUCAAAAUUGAAUUCUGUGGGGGGCGGGGCUUCUGCUGGUAAUAAUGAUGACCCCCUGGGGGAUAUUUUUGGGCAUGACGGACUUAAAGGAUAUGCAAUGAAACAACAGUAGAUUAAUAUUAAUAUUGAUUGAAUAUAUACAUGUAUAAUUAUUAUUAUUAUUAUUAUUAUUAUUAUUAUUAUUAUUAUUAUUAUUAUUGAAUGUAUUUGUAUAUGAAUAUGGCACACAUUUUAUGUUGCUUUUCCUCUUUUCUUUUCAAUUAUUAUGAUUUUAUAUCCACAAUUUGACAUAAUUCUUAUCAUUAUUAUUAUUAUUGUUGUUGAUUAUUGGUUAUGUACAGUUAAUACACACACAUUUUUCAUUUUGAUUUUUCCAAUUAAUUAUUUUUAUUAUACGAAAGAGAGGGAGAGAGAAAACAUUUAAAUUAUUAGAUGAGAAAGUUAAAGAUGAUAAUGUAAA